UUAGAAGAGUUAGGAUCUUUCUUCGAUAUUGACCCUUGGUUCUUUGCUUCCUACGUGCAUCAAACGUGGCGCAAAACCAGCACACAGAGUCCUGCAAACUGCUCUCUGCCUUCGCGCGAGAAGAAACAGAAUUUUCUGCCGCUGCAUUACCAUAGGAUUGUAGCUUUGCAACAGAAAGAUACGACUCUGAGAUCAGUAACGCGUAAUACAAACCAGCAACGCAAGGCAGUCAUACUUCCGUCGCUAGGUGGAGAACGUAUUGGCUUGGUGCAGCAUAGUGCUUCAGUCAUGUUAAUAAAUCCUCCUGGGCAGAUUUGGACCGCCAUCAUCCUCGUCGACCCGCCCAUCAAAAACAACUACAUCCCAUCAAAACGAAAUAGUCGGCUCCCGCCGAACCUAGAUUCAAAAGCUUUCCUUGGCGGAUAUGAAGAUUUCUCUGAUAUUAAAUUUCCAGUCACUCCACGCGAUACUGGAAAUCACCACCAUGUAGCUCAAGCAUCUGAUCGAGCGAUGCUUGACGAGCUCGUCUACUACUGGACACACCAACGUCCUCAAGUCUUCGACCCUUCCGCCCCAGCGCUCCAGCACUUCUCCUACUACCCUCUUAAGAUCGUCGCUGCCGAAUGGGUAAACUACAUCGCCGCCCUAGGCCUCAGUCUACGCGAAUAUGAACUUCGCACUUCGUUAACGGGCAACCUAGUUGCUGAGCUGGAAUCUCUCAACACGAACCUCCGAAUCCUACAGGGCUGGCGCCGCCGCAUUCUCUCGACACAAGCUAAAUUGCAGCGCAACAUGCGCUUUAUCAGAACGCGCUCAAAUAGUUCUUCUACUGAGGACUGGAAAGAUCUGUUAGAAGAUUACGAGUUCUUGGCAACCGAAGUGGCGAAUUAUGGCGAGAAACUGGAGGCUAUGGUACCACUUGUCACAUCUGCGGCUGCGCUAAUUGAGAGUCGAAGAGCGUUGACGGAGACGGAAAACGUGACGCGGCUCACUGCGUUGGCGGUGAUUUUUAUCCCACUGAGUUAUGUAGCGGCACUGUUCAGUAUGGCAGACGCUUUUGCUCCAGGGGGGCAGUUGUUUUGGGUGUACUUUGUGACAGCAGUGCCUCUG